GUUAGAAGAAAGCACAGACAUAUUUUUCUGCGUUUUCAAAACACAAAGCAAGCUUUUUGUGACUUCACACACACUAUGCAGGUACCACAACUGAAAGAUCUUCAGCAGUAUCCAGUGAUAGCUUGAGAUGGACCAAGACUCACAUUGCACAGCAGAAAGGGAACCGUUGGAAGCUGUAAACAGGAUUACUACGUUUUCUACCACAAGUCCAUCUGAUAAAGAGCAAAAUCAACCCCAGGCUGAAAUUUCCUGUCAAGUGAGAAAAGAAAACCCAGAAAAAGGUGACCUGCAAGGUUCUGGUGCAUCCCUAGGUCCCAACUCUUCAAUGACCACUAAGGAGCUUCAGGAAUAUUGGAGGAAUGAAAAACGCCAGUGCAAACAAGUCAAACUUGUUUUUGAAAUCCCAUCAACCAGAAUUGUAGAGCAUCACUUAUCUAAAUAUGUGAUGUAUAAAAUCAUCAUUCUGCAAACAGGGAGUUUUGACAGCAACAAGUCUGUAAUUGAACGCCGUUACUCAGAUUUUGAGAAACUGCAUAGGAUUCUGCUGGAUGAGUUUAGUGAAGAAAUGGAAGAUGUGACCUUUCCCAAAAAAACCCUGACAGGGAACUUCACAGAAGAAAUAAUCAAUGAGAGAAAGUUAGCCUUCAAGGACUACCUGAGACUUCUAUAUUCUAUGAAAUAUAUCAGAAGAUCAAAAAAAUUUAUUGAUUUUUUAACAAGGCCAGAGCUUCAGGAAGCAUAUGGGUGCCUGCGGGGUGGCCAGUACACCAAAGCUUUAGAAAUCCUUUUGGAAGUCAUUGGUCUCCAGGCAAGGCUGACAAGAGGCAACCCUGUCUCAAUUGUCCCUACUCUCUGUGCCAUAGUGGUGUGCCACAAGGACCUGGAAAACCCAGCAAGUGCCUUUGAAUAUGGAGAAAAAGCUCUGUCGCACCUUUGUAUGCAUACUAGCCACAAGUAUUACAUUCCAUUGUUAGAAACAAUGAUCACUCUAGCAUAUGAACUUGGCAAGGAUUUUCUGUCUUUGCAAGAAAAACUGGAAGAAUGGAAGGCAAAAAAGGAUCCCAUUCGUAUUUUUACCCUGAAAGAACUUGCAGUUCGCGAGUAUGUACAAUGAACACAAGAAACAAUUUCUUUAAAGAGUAAAACUGUCAACUUCUAUUCCCAAAUACAAGCUUUUGAAAGAAUAAGAACUAGAAAUUACCUGUUAGGGUAACAUAAUAUUGCAUUAAUAGAAAAAAAAAAAGAUAUAUUUUUCAUGUUUAGAAGGAACAUUUACAUGUAUGUUGGAAAGUAUUAUACUUACUCUACAAACAUGAAGAGCACUUGAGCUUAUUAAGGUUUUUGGAAACAAAUUUGCAACAAAAAAUCUUUUAUGAUUUGCUGAUUUUGAAAAUAGCCUAUUUCAUGUGAAAAGUCAGAAUAGGGAAAAAAAAUUAAUAAAGACCUUAAGAAUCUGCAGAAUCAGAGGCAUUGCUUCCUUAUGUGGAAACUUUUCAAGAAGAGAAACACCUUCUCAGGCAAUGCAAUCUAAAGGAUCCAUCUUCAGACACUAGUUUUUUAGUCCUCCAGCUGAAGCCUGGUCAAACAGCACUUUGCCUUUUCUGAGAAUGGUGGGAUUGGUCCUGUUCCCACUGGAGUCGAUUGCUGAGGGAAGGAGGACCUAGGGGUAACACUUACAAUCAAAUUUGAUAGGAGCAUGAUAUACAAGCAACAAUCAUUCUGUCAGAGAUGAGGGAGUAUGCUUCAUUUCCCUUUUGUAGCUAAUACAGUUUUAUAACUUGCAUUGAAGGCACAUCCUUGUUUGGGGUGAUCUUUAAGUAAAGAUCUGUCCAGGGUAGAAAAUUCAUGCCACGUCUGCUCUAUGCAUAAUGCAAAGAAACCCCAGAAGGGUGCUGUUGGGGAAAACAUAUGGCUAAUAUAAUGUUAGCAUUUAAUUGUGCUGUAAGGCAUGGUUAUCAGACAGUCUGUGUUAAGCAUGUGCUUCCCUGUUGCCUUUCAGAGGUUUAUGUAAAUUGGGUGUUGCCUUAGUUUUACAGCCUAGUACACCAUGCAAGUAUCAUCUUGGUGGCACUGCAGUAUCAUAGCUCAUUCUUUUAGAGAGGCAACCCACAUGUACAAAUUCGAAACUUCUCUUAGCCCUAACGCUCCUGUGAAAGCUUCCUAAGAGCUGAAAAAAUAUCUCUGUUUACCUGCUUCUGUAGUUUCCCUCAGGUCUAUUGUCUCUCCCAUACACUUUUUUUUCAGUAAUCUGGUAAAUUAAUUCUCAUAAAUAUUGUAAUUAAAUGUCAUGUUAGCAUGGGUCAUUAUUCCUUGCUGAAUAGUACACUGACUACU